AUGCCUCAUCUCCCCGCACUUCUCUCCGUGCCGAUGUGUCCGGCGGUGCACCGUGGCUCGCACAUCGGCACCCGUGUGGCCGGUGUGCUGGCUCCGAGAUUGCAGCCAGCGCUGCGAGCACAGUCGUCAUGCGCAUCCUUCUCCGCGGCGUCGUUGGUCGCUUCCUCUCGCCGCUGGUGCGCCACUGGGUCGUCGUCCAGUGACACUCCCACCCGCGGCCAUUCAGAGGCAAAGACGCCAUUGACGGGCACAUCAGCCGCAGCGCCCACUGGACUCACUGCACACGAUAAUGUCACUGCCUCUACCACGGCCGUGGCGGAGCAUCUCCGGCAACUCUCCCCCGAAGACCAACAGCGCAUCAUCGCUGCCUUGCAGACACCAGAGGAGGAGAAAAGCUCCGUCAUGGGCGGCGCCGGCAUCGGCCCGGCGGAUGGUGACAUGGUGGCCGCUUUCACCUGCGGUCCGUGCGACUACCGCAUGGUGAAGCGCUUCAGCAAGCACGCCUACACAAAGGGCAUUGUCAUUGUGGAGUGUCCCAACUGCCGCGCGAAGCACCUGCUGGCCGACAACCUUGGGUGGAUGGAGGACAAGGCUACGAACAUCGAGGACAUCUUGAAGGCCAAGGGCGAGAGCUUUGUCCGCAUUGGCGGAACGGAGGGCGACUACCAGGUGGUUGGGGAACCAGCGUUGGCCGCGUCUUCUACGUCGUUUGCCGCAACGCAGCAGUCAUAG